UGAGAAUCCUGAAUAACCUCUCGAUAAAUUCACAUAUCGAGUGAACAUGCUGUUCAUGUGGUAUUCGAUCUUGAUUAUAGUUGUAGUCAGUUGUCACGAUGGAAGGCAUAACCAUGAAAGGAGGUCAGAAAGACUGAAAGAGCGGUGGGGAAUGGAAGCAGUGGUGAGAGAUUUGGAGCACAUCAAGGAAGAUAUUGAAGACAUGGUCGAACUCUCAGAAAUGGGUGAACUUUCCAAAAACGAGAUGAUCUUCUACCUCAUAAGGAUGCACGAUUUCGACGACAACGGAGGUUUGGACGGAAUCGAACUUCGAGCAGCUCUCUCACACACUUGGGAACACAUGGAAGCGACGGAUCCAAGGGACAAGCCAUUCGCUAUAGAAAGUUUGAUCGAUGAAGUACUGACAUUCGAUGACAGCAAGGAUGGCAUUGUCGACUAUUCAGAAUUUCGUAGGCACUACUAGCUUCAACCAUUUACUAAGAUAUACUUUCUUUUAAAUAGUAUAGAAACACUCCGUUACAAAUAAACAUGAAGUA